AUGCCUAUGAAAGAGCAGAACAUUGUUGUGGUCGAUUUGGAAACAGCAUGGAAAAGUCUGGAAGACAGCCGCCUUCUGCGGUCCUUUGCAGCAGGGUCGUUCGGGUUUAAUCUGGUGCUGUUUGAGGCAUUUGAAAAGAACUUUGUUCUAAAAACCCCUGCUGGCCUGCCUAAGGCGGAGAUUUCAAUUCUCACAAGCCUCAAAAGAGAGCUGCUAUAUGUCCUGCUGUGCGACAUGGGGUUUAUGUUUGGUGAUAAAAACAGCCCCGAUUUUUUGGAAAAGUGCUGCCUCUACGUGGAAUCAAAAGAGGCAGAAAAGAAGAUUUUGGCGCUAAUAGAAAAGAUGAGCUUUAUUCGCUCUGCCAUAGAUGUUUCCGAGAAAGCAGAGAGCAUGGCGGAUGUGCCAAUGGCGCGCCAAAAGUCGCUGGAAGCUCUUCAGGUAGAGACCGUGAAGGAAGCAGCGAGGCUUGUAGAACAUAUAGCCUUACUUAAAAAGAAGGCUAUACAGCCGUUUGAGUCCGAAAAGGCUGAGCUAGAAGGCAGCGGCGCCUGGCAAGAGGAGAUGGCGCCAGAGCCACUCGGAAACUUUAGCGAAUGCAAAGCCUUUUUGAAGAAUGCGCUAGAGAAGACCUUAAACGCGCUUUUCUACAGCAAGCAGUGCAGAAGCGCGAACAUGCGGAACUGCCUUCUGCAGGGGAUUUCAAGCUCCCUCAGCCUUUUUAUAUGCGCUGAUGUUACAAACGCGCUGCAAAACAUAAGAGACAACUACUUUAAUGGCAAGUUAUACCUGUACAUGUCGCACUUUCUCCAAAAGAACCCUUUGCAAAGGUUUUCCUCUCCGCCCGGAGGGCCUUCGCCCUGCCCAGUGAGCGCAGCAAAUUUAAAAUUUGGAGUAUUCAAGCACAUUCUGGACAUACAUACGUUUCUAUGCAUAGUGAUGCACGCCCCAAAUAAGCGCUGCGAGUUUUUGGGCAAUCUGGCCUUUGUUGACCAGAAGAUGCAAAGGUCAGCGAUUGACCUGGAGAGGAUAUAUACAGCCGCGGCAUAUCCAUUUGUCUACAGAAAGGAGCCAGCCCUGCAGCUUGCACACAUGGCCACUGCGCUGUCUCUUUUCGGGGCUUUUACUCCACCUUUCAGCGGGUUCGUCUUAGAGCGGAUUCUAAGCGUGUGCAGGGAGGCCUUCCACACAAAGCGUACAGGCUGUGAAAGGCAUAGUGCGCGCAGAUGUGGCUGCACUUCUUCAGAUGCCAAGAAAGCCUCCGCUGUAUUUAAAGGAGAAAGCAACCAAAAACACAACCCAGCCUUCUCAGGCACAGGCGCCCACUGCACAUCGCAAUUAUUCCUUGCAGAAACAUUUUUUUCUCUGGCUACUAUAAUGGACAUUAAAUACUCUAGCUUUGGCGCUCUAGACCUGGACGUUUUCAAUUAUGUAAACUUGCCGAGUCUGAGCCACGCGCAGAGAGCACCUAUCCAAAGCAAACCUCUGUCUCUUCACAGGCCUGCUGUCGGGACUGUCCAGCAAGGCCGUGCACUUUGCUUUCUCUUUGGCUUCUAUGGGGUAUGCAUUUUUUUCUUUUCCAUUCUAGCUCUCUUUAUAUGUGCAGCCUAUGCCAUUGGGCCAUGUAUGUUUGAAGACAGCAAAGUGGGCAGUCUCUAG